AUGCUUGGUACUGGGAAGACUUUGACACACCAAGAGCUUCAGGAUAGGUCAGAAGAUAAGGAGGUGCGGAAAGCGUUAGAUGGACGCAGCGGGAAGCGGAAAAGGCACGAGGACAAGUUUGCAGUCCAUGGGUUAGACACCGAAGAUAGCCAGGACGAUGAAAUCCUUGCGGCCGAAACCGUCACCCGACCUUCGCAUCCCCAAGUUAUCUUUGACUCAGCAAUUCCCCCUCCAAAGAAUGAAAGCGAACCAUCUGCCGUAGGAAGCGCGCUAAAACGAAAGUCAGAUGGAAGCGUCGUGAUGCCCAAAAUUAGUAAGACGAAGCAGGUUAGUUGGGUUCGGAAGCGCUCCGCGCCUGCCAAAGAGGAAUCUGAUACCUCGUUUGACAGUUCAGAUUCAGCGUACGACUCGACGGACGAUGCGGUAGAUUCAUCAGGUAGUGAUGAAGACUUCGAGACUGGGUCGGAAGAUGAGGAUAAAGAGGACGCAGGGAUUUUAUUGGAAGAAUCUACACCCCAUCUGUCCGCGAAGAAGAAGCUGGGUUUUAAAGAUUGGGCUGUCAAACAACUCAGUGUUGCAAAAGGCUACAACCUCCCAACACAAGAGACAGACGUCAUACCGCCUGUUGAAACCCCUCCCACAAAGAAACGAAAGAUUGAAAGUUCGACCGAUCUCCCCACCAUGCGUGGUCCUCUGGGAGAAGACCUCCAAAUCCCAAAAACCACAUUGGCAGAUCAAGUCCUGGGUUCAGAACAGCAGGCCAAGGCAGCCUCAUACGUUAAGGCUGUUGCUGUCAAGCGGCCUCCAUCCGUCGAAGAAGCAAGGUUGCUGCUCCCGAUUGUAGCGGAGGAGCAACCGAUUAUGGAAGCUAUUUUGUUGAAUCCCGUCGUCAUUAUAUGCGGUGAAACAGGAAGUGGGAAGACCACCCAAGUUCCCCAGUUUUUGUAUGAAUCCGGCUUUGGUACUCCAGGAAGUGAGAACCCUGGGAUGAUCGGUAUAACUCAACCUCGUCGUGUUGCUGCUGUGUCGAUGGCAGCGCGUGUAGCUUAUGAGCUAUCAUUGACGUCCUCUCGAGUAUCACAUCAAAUACGAUAUGAUGCAACAGUUUCACCCUCAACCUCAAUCAAGUUCAUGACGGACGGAGUCUUGCUUCGAGAGCUCGCCAACGACUUUAUUUUGUCACGGUAUUCUGUAAUAAUAAUCGAUGAAGCCCAUGAGCGAAGUAUGAACACAGACAUUCUCAUCGGCGUUCUUAGCCGUGUGGUCAAGCUACGAGAAGAGAUGUGGAAAGAAAGAAAGGACGACGUAAAGCCAUUGCGGUUGAUCAUCAUGUCUGCUACCUUGCGAGUAAGCGAUUUUGCCGAUAAUACGACGCUUUUUUCCUCUCGCCCGCCUGUCAUCAAUGUUGCUGCACGCCAACAUCCAGUCACGAUCCAUUUCAGUCGCCGUACUUCUCCAAACUAUGUCAACGAAGCAGUCAGGAAAGCAACAAAAAUUCAUACCCGCUUACCCCCAGGGGGUAUAUUGAUCUUUUUAACUGGCCAGAACGAGAUUAUUGGUGCUUGUCGAAAACUGGAGGCUAAAUUUGGAAAGAAGGCGCUUGACCUAAAAAAGAAAAACAGAUCACGGCCGAGUCAACAGGAGGCUGAUGUUGAGCCCGAGGAUCUUGACCUGGGAAAUUCUGAUCAGGAUGGUCUUGCAUUCGAUGUGGACGAAAAUAUGGACCAGGAAGAUCCAGAAGCGCUAGACAGCGAAGAUGAACAGAACCUAGACGAAGAACUCGGUUUGGAGGAGGAUUCCGAUGUGCCGAUGCAUAUUGUCCCCUUGUACUCCCUCCUACCAAGCGAGAAACAAAUGCGUGUCUUCGAGCCACCCCCGCCUGGUUGCCGUCUUGUUGUGGUCUCUACUAACGUUGCCGAAACUUCGCUCACUAUCCCGGGUAUUCGCUACGUUGUUGACUGCGGCCGGGCCAAGGAACGACGCUACGAUAUAGCGAAUGGGAUCCAGGCCUUCCAAAUCUCAUGGGUAUCGAAAGCAUCGGCGGCCCAAAGGGCUGGCCGAGCGGGCCGUACAGGUCCUGGUCAUUGUUACCGGCUUUACUCAUCUGCCCUUUUCGAGCACCACUUCGAGCAGUUCUCGACUCCAGAAAUACAGCGGAUGCCGAUCGAGGGUGUUGUGCUUCAAAUGAAGAGCAUGCAUAUCGAUGCAGUUGUCAAUUUUCCGUUCCCCACGUCACCGGAUAAAGCCGCCAUGCGGAAAGCAGAGAAAACGUUAACACACCUCGGCGCUUUGACUUUUGCGACACCAGACAUUAAAAAUGCUCUGUCAAGUGUCGGUCAAAUCACUGACCUGGGAAGAACCAUGGCGUUAUUCCCGGUUUCACCGCGAUUCUCUAGGAUGCUGGUAAGCGGACAACAACACGACUGCUUGCCAUAUGUUAUUUCCAUAGUCUCCGCCAUGUCUGUCGGCGACCCUUUCUUGUAUGAAGAGGUUAUUGGACAAGAUGGCAGCGAUGGGGAGAAUGAUGUCGAAUCAAGCCUCAUGAAUUUGAAAAGUGACUCCGUCAGGGCCAAAGAGGCGCGAAACUUGAAGCGAAAAGCAUUUUUCCAGUCGCAACAUAUGCACUCUUCAUUAGGAAAUCAUUCCAGUGAUGUUUUCAAAGUACUCUCUGUUGUUGGUGGGUAUGAAUAUGCCGGUGGCGGACACAAAUUUUGCUCAGAGAAUUUUGUUCGACCCAAAGCGAUGGAGGAAAUUCACAAGCUGAGAGCUCAAAUCAACAACAUAGUGCAAACCAACUUCCCUGGUGUUGACACUAAAUUCGCUCCAAAACUUCCACCUCCCAAUGAGCGUCAAGUGAAAAUUCUGAAGCAACUCCUAACUGCGGGCUUCAUUGAUCAGGUUGCCGUUCGGAAAAAUCGCGUUGAAGGGGCGGAUGGAGUUCAAGUAUCAACAUCAAAAGGAGUUCCCUACAAAGCCAUGGGGAUCUCGGAAGAUGCUUUUAUCCACCCUUCAUCAGUGCUUGCCAACAGUCCUCCCCCAGAUUACAUAAUUUUCAGUGAGGUCAUUAGAUCCUCUCGAAUCUUUUUGAAAGGCAAGCACUCUCAGUCCUCCUCAACUCAAUGCUUUACACUUUGUCUAGGAGUAACGGCUGUUAAUCCAUCCUGGCUCUCAGCAUUAGGCAAGCCUUCACUAUGCUCCUUUUCCAAGCCCCUCAAAAACAACGUUGGAACCCUUGUGAUGAUCCCUCAAUUUGGGCCAGACAAAUGGGAACUUCCCGCUGUGAAAGCGGAAUUACGGUAA